GGCUCGUCAGCGCCGCCGACAGAUCUUCGUGGAGAAAGUCGCUUUUGGGUUGAGCUGCCGGUCGUCCACGAGGUUAUUUGAGUUCGUUCCCAAGCGUAUCUGCAAUUCAAAAUGUCGCACCCGUCCCCUCGAACUAAGCCCUCCAACCCCAGUAACCCCAGAGUCUUCUUUGAUGUGGACAUCGGAGGGGAGCGAGUUGGUCGAAUUGUCUUAGAAUUGUUUGCAGAUAUUGUACCCAAAACUGCAGAAAAUUUUCGUGCAUUGUGUACAGGAGAAAAAGGCAUUGGACCCACCACUGGGAAACCUCUCCAUUUCAAAGGAUGCCCUUUCCAUCGAAUUGUUAAGAAAUUUAUGAUUCAGGGUGGAGACUUCUCAAAUCAAAAUGGGACAGGUGGAGAAAGUAUUUAUGGUGAAAAAUUUGAAGAUGAAAAUUUCUAUUAUAAGCAUGAUCAGGAAGGUUUAUUGAGCAUGGCAAAUGCAGGCUGCAAUACAAAUGGUUCUCAGUUCUUUAUCACAACAGUCCAGACUCCUCACUUGGAUGGGAAACAUGUGGUAUUUGGCCAAGUAAUUCAAGGAAUGGGUGUGGCAAGGAUACUGGAAAAUGUAGAAGUGAAACGUGACAAACCUGCCAAAUUGUGCGUUAUUGCAGAAUGCGGAGAAUUGAAGGAAGGGAAUGAUUGGGGCAAAUUCCCAAAAGGUGGAUCUGGUGACAGUCAUCCAGACUUCCCUGAGGAUGCAGAUAUAGAUUUAAAAGAUGUAAAUAAAAUUUUACUGAUAACAGAAGAUAUAAAAAAUAUUGGAAAUACUUUUUUCAAAUCUCAGAACUGGGAGAUGGCCAUUAAAAAAUAUGCAAAAGUUUUAAGAUAUGUGGAAGGUUCAAAGGCUGUUAUUGAGAAAGCAGAUAGAUUGAAGCUGCAACCUAUAGCUUUAAGCUGUGUGCUGAAUAUUGGUGCUUGUAAACUGAAGAUGUCAAAUUGGCAGGGAGCAAUCGACAGUUGUUUGGAGGCUCUUGAAAUAGACCCAUCCAAUACCAAAGCAUUAUACCGUAGAGCUCAAGGAUGGCAAGGAUUAAAAGAAUACGAUCAAGCAUUGGCUGAUCUUAAGAAAGCUCAGGAGAUAGCACCGGAAGAUAAAGGUAAGUUGGCAAUUUUUAUGGUCAAAGUUCAUUUUGUCCUGUUAAGAAUGUAUCUUUAUGAACCAUUGUACCCUUUGCCACUUAGAUAUUUGUUCAACAGAUAUUACAUAAUGACUGUUAUUGGUACUGAUCAUAUGGCAGUGAACAAGUCAAGGUCCCUGCUCUCAAAAGAGCUUACAUUCUAGUUCCUCCUCAGAAUACUGAUUCUCCCAUACCCAAAUAUUUUUCUCUCAUAUCAUUUGAAAUCUGGUUCCUAUUACUUUAAUUCUAGUUGAAAGCACAGCAGUAAAAGAUACAGUAUUUAUGAUGAGUUUAAUGUCUGGGACUAUUCAUUAAGCUGAAUGAGGCCAUAAUACAAGUAUUCUAGUUACUGGAUGUAUAUUUUAGGAAAGCUUUGGAAAGUUAGGACAAAAAUUAGUUUGUUUUUUUCAAAUACGCCUGCUACAAAUAGUGAUACGAGAUCUAGAUAUUAAAAUACAUCUUCAGUCUCUCACUGCUAAAGUAAAACAGGGGAGGCACUUAAUUGCCUUCUCAUAGGGAGAGAGAAGGCAAAUCUACACAUAAUUCAGUUAGACUUCUCUCAAAUUGACAAUCUAAAAUUAUGUCUCAUGGUUUUUGUAUUUGUGGGAUUGCUUUGUCAGUAAAACAGUCUGUUAAUUGAGCUCAGUUACUUUACAGAGAAGAGUUGUAUCAACGGGGAGAAUUAACUAUCAUGUGUAAAACAUUAGUUGUUGGGCAUCCUAAUUUUUUGGGUGUUUUGAGAAAUAACCCCUAUUACGUGUUUAUUUUACAGCUAUCCAGGCAGAAUUGCUGAAAGUCAAACAGAAGAUAAAAGCACAGAAAGAUAAAGAGAAGGCAGCGUAUGCAAAAAUGUUUGCCUAGUAAGAAGUUCAGUUUUACUUAAAUACGCAUUGAUUGUUAUAUAAAGGCAAUAAGAAAAUUUAAAGGUUUUUGUCAGUUAUAUAUAAUCCCUGAUGUGUUUCCUUUGAUACUUCAGUUUCCCAUUGUUUAUAGUUCAGGAAUACUGAAAAGAGUUCACUCUUAAUAAAACAGUGUUACAAAAUACAGUGAAGUUUGAUUUUGUUUACAGUUCAGGAAUACUGAAAAGAGUUCACUCUUAAUAAAACAGUGUUACAAAAUACAGUGAAGUUUGAUUUUUUUUUUUUAAAUGGCUAUCUGCAUUA